GGGGGACAGGCAGAGAGCAGUCGGUCUCGGGUGGAUGCGCUGCUGCUGGUUAAAGCUCCAUCCUCGGAACAGAGCUUCUACAUACGCCAGUACAAACUGAAGGACUAUGACUGAAGGAGCCAUCUCCCAAUUCACAGUGAUACAGCUGGGAAGAUAAAACAUUUGUGACCUGUCACAUCCUACACCCCCUCCAGAGAAAUGAGGACUAUCUCGCUGGCCGUUGUAUGGCUCUGCCUCGGCCUGUCCUUGGAUGCUUUGUCUCUGCGGGGACGGAGGACAGAGACAGCAGAUGGAGAGGGGACUGAAGCCAGCGUCAGAGGAGAGAAGCCGCUCAAGAGAGUGAGACGAGGCUGGAUGUGGAACCAGUUUUUCCUGCAGGAGGAGUACACAGGCAGCGACUACCAGUACAUCGGCAAACUCCAGUCGGACCAGGACAACGGAAAUGGGUUGGUCAAAUACAUCCUGUCGGGUGAAGGGGCGGGCACCAUCUUUGUCAUCGAUGAGAACAACGGGGACCUGCACGCCACUCGCCGCCUGGAUCGCGAGGAGAAGGGUUCCUACAUCCUCAAAGCCACCGUGGUGAACAAACGGACCGGUCUGAAGCUGGAGCCUGAGACCGAGUUCAUCGUCAAACUGCACGACAUCAACGACAAUGAGCCUCAGUUCAGCAAGGAGGUUUACGUCGGCAGUGUGCCUGAGAGGUCUGAUAUCGGGACAUCAGUCAUCCAGGUGACAGCCACAGAUGCUGAUGACAGUAUGUAUGGGAGCAGCGCCAGGCUGGUGUACAGCAUCAGCCAGGGACACCCGUACUUCUCUGUGGACCCCAAAACAGGUGUAAUCCAAACAGCGCUCGGUCCUGGUGACAUGGACCGUGAGCAGAGGGAGCAUUACCAGGUGGUGAUCGAGGCUAAGGACAUGGCCGGACAAAGGGGGGGUCUCUCUGGAACCACUGUGGUUAACAUCACCCUCAUUGAUGUCAACGACAACCCUCCCCGCUUCAAUCAGAGUGUUUACACGUUCAGAGUUCCUGAGUCGGCAAAGUCCGGUACUUCAGUAGGGAGAAUCUUAGCCACCGACAGAGACAUCGGGAAGAACGCUGAGAUGUAUUUCACCAUCGUCAGUGGGGACGGCAUGGACAUGUUCGACAUCUUCACUGACAAGGACACCCAGGAGGGGGUCAUCAGCGUCAGCAAACCUCUGGACUUCGAGAAGAAGCCGUGGUACACGGUGGAGAUCCAGGUCCAGAACACGCAGGUGGACCCCCGCUUCCUGUCGGCGGGCUCCAGAGACAUGGCCACGGUCCGGAUCGGCGUGGACGACGUGGACGAGCCGCCGCUGUUCGACAAAGCCAGCUAUCUGAUGGAGGUGAAGGAGGACGCUGCAGUGGCCGUGGCCGUGGGCUCUGUCAGCGCCAUGGACCCAGACGGAGGGCGCAACAUGGUCAAGUACUCCAUCGACCGGCGCACUGACAUGGACCGCCUGUUCAACGUCCACCCGGGGAAUGGCUCCGUGUUCCUGCUCAGAACCCUGGACAGAGAGGAGAGCGCCUGGCACAACAUCUCCAUCAUCGCCACUGAGUUCAAUAACCCCCGUCAGAACAGCCAUGUUCCCGUUUACAUCCGCCUGCUGGACAUCAACGACAACGCCCCCACAUUCGCCACCAUUUACGAAACCUUCGUCUGUGAGAGGACCAAGGCUGGCCAGCGGAUCCAGACAGUGAGUGCAAUCGAUGCAGAUGAACCAUCGACGGGACACAAGUUUUUCUUCAGUCUGGCUCCUGAGGGGACGCACCGCAGCAACUUCACCGUCCGAGACAAUGGAGACAACACUGCUGGCAUCCUGACACGUAGAGCCAGCUACAGUCGCCUCCACCAGAGUGUCUACCUGGUCCCCGUGGUGAUCACCGACGGCGACUACCCCAUGCAGAGCAGCACGGGCACCCUCACUGUAAGGGUGUGCACCUGCGACCGUGAAGGCAACAUGGAGCUGUGUAACGCCGAGGCCCUGAGCAGCUCCCCGGGCCUCAGUACCGGAGCGCUCAUCGCCAUCCUCCUGUGCGCCAUCAUACUGCUGAUGAUCGUGGUUCUGUUCACGGCAUUGAAGCGCCAAAGAAAGCAGGAGCCCCUCAUCAUCUCAAAGGAGGACGUCCGGGACAACGUGGUGAGCUACAACGACGAGGGAGGCGGAGAGGAGGACACCCAGGCCUUUGACAUCGGAGCACUGCGACACCCAGAUGCAGCCGCUGCCUUAGAGGAGUCGGCCAAACAACGGCGGGACAUCAUCCCCACUGACACCCUGCUGUACCCAUCUCACCGACGACCUGCCCCCGCCACAGCCGGCUUCAUCAUGCCGCCAGUCAGCAUGGCGUCACGGGACAACGGGGACGUUCGGGAAUUCAUCAAUCAGCGGGUGCUGGAGAACGACUGUAACCUGACAGCACCGCCCUACGAUUCGCUGGCCACCUACGCCUACGAGGGUGCAGGCUCUGUGGCUGAGUCCCUGAGCUCACUGGGCUCGGCAUCUUCUGAGGGGGAGCAGGACUACCACUACCUGAGUGAUUGGGGGCCCCGGUUCAGGAAACUAGCAGACCUGUACGGGGCCGACGACAGUGACUUCUCAUAACCAACACACCACGAACACACACUCACUUCCCUGCUUCAGGAAAGAUUUUUGACCAUUGAAGUGCGAGGACAGCAAUGUCACACUACUACAAACUCAAUAUUAGAGAUCAUGAACAUUAUUAAUGAGCUUUAAACAUACAAAGGACACAAUCCAUAUGUUGAAGGAGCAGAUGUGCUGGCAGAUGUUAAUUUCAUUUAAUGGGAUAUCGAAGAAUGCCACCGGAUCCUUACCUAUCUUAACUGCUCAUGGAUCCAAAAAUGGAGCUAACCAAGUCGACAAGGAACUAAAGUCCUAUAUCUGAUUUUAGAGAGAUGGACUAAUUGAUAUCGAAAUGUAAAUUAAACUUCGGACACUCAGUUCAGCCCUGAUAGAGUUUUGAAUCAAAAUUGGACUGUAUUUUGUAUAGAGAAUUGGAUUUCAAAUACCUUCAGGCUCCUGAGUGUUUUUUGUGGUGAACCAUACAAGGGAAUCUAGAUCGAGGAAAGUGUUGGUAACCAAGUCAGUCAACAUAACCCCUGUGUAGUUAUUUCAGGACGGACCACACACACUUACCUCUGCGGGUGUAAAGUGAAAAGUGUUUGGAAGACAAGUUAUGGUUAUUAGGUGUUUUUUUCUCUUUUUUUUUUACUAAGUGCCCUUCUGCUGCCCUUCAAGCUGGAUGCCUGCAGGUUGGCUGAGACUGGAGGGGGCUAAUGACUCUUGAUGAUUGCUUUCUUUCUUUUUUACUGUCUUGUAAAAAAGGACCAUUCCAGAGGAGACGUUCUCUCUUCUCCUCUAAUCGCCUUCUUCGGGACACAGAGUAAAAAGAGGACAAACUCAUGACUAAAUGCACUGAUUUCUUAAGAUGUUUCUUUUGGUUUUCUUUCUGUGCUGCACAUAAAGAAGGUAAAUGUUCCUGGCAUCAUUUCUAGAUUUUUCUUGAGUAUGUGUUCAGUGUGUCAGAAAUGUGGUUGAACUGAAGUUCUAUACAUUUAAACAUUUUACAGCAGUCAUUUUUUUCUAUAACGGAAUGCAACUUCAGAUAGCUACAGAAAGUCUGUUGAUCAAUGUUAAAAAAUAUAUAUAUUUUCAUUAAGAAUUUGUUUAAUAUUGAGAGAAAGGACUUGGGGAUCACUGCCUACACAGUAGAGCUGUCACUUUAAUAUUUAGAAUUCAGACUACCUUUAGGGUUAAGGGCCCGCAGUAUUACUGUUUUGAUUGAGUCUCUUGGCUCUCAUUAACCUUCUUUGGAGCUUUUGGCUUUCGACGAGACCAAACAUUUGAGCGGGCGUUGGCGGAGAAUUAAAACUAAAUUGAUUCCUACCUUCUACACUUAAACAACUCUUAGCUAACGCAUAAGCCAUAGCAAUACUAUGUGACUUUACCAUACUAUGCUCAGGGUUUCCAUCCGUGUGGCCUGGAUAAAUGAAAGAAAUUCCAGUCAAGUAUUAUUUGUAAGACAAUUGAUAGGCAGGCUAUGUAAAAGAGAUGCUAAAAUACAGCUUUGUUGGUCGCUUUGGACUGUAAGACUCCUCGUCAUAAUUUUAAUUAGACCUUCCCUUGCUUUAGAAGGAAUUAUUUUCACUGGACAUUAAGUCCAAGAGAUUGACAUAUUUAGUUGUAUUCAAUCUGAAACAUUUUGAGAAUAAGGCUUAAUUGCCCCUUACAAAGAGUUAAAUGGGAAGAUACUCAUGUCUCACAAGCCAUCACUUAGCUUAGCUUAACUUGGCUCAGCUUAAUUUAGCUUAGCUUGAAUCAGCUUAGCAUUGAAACUCAAAAAGGGAAAACAGCGCUGUCCAAAGGCAACACCUUCCAGCUUCUCUAAAGAUCUCAAUCACUCUAAUUUACCAAAAAAGCAAUAAAUGAAGGUCAAACACAGACAAUAGGUAACUAAAAAAAUGUGCUAAGCAGAUAAGCAUGAAACCAACCCCUGUGAUAGAUAAUAUGCUCAAGCAGGUUUGAUGGAACUGCCUUGUACUUACAUUAUCGAGACAUAGAACUAAUCCUCUAUGGCUCCAUUCAAAGUCAUUUGAACAAAUUGACAAAGGGACAGCUCUACUUCACAGCCAGCAUUGCAACUUGAAUGUCCUUCAAUGACUGGUCACCUUAUGUUCAACUUGAUAAUAUUAUGUCCUGCUCAAACCUGCUUUCUCCAAUGUUUUCACUCGCUGUGUCUGAGAAAAGAAAAAAACCAACUGCUUCCCUCAUGUGCUAAUUUAUAUUCUCAGUUUUAUUCAGACCACUCUUGUUCCAGCUUUGACACAUGAGGUUUUGUUGUUAAAUGUUGUAAUAAAUGACACUGGAAGGCUGCAGAUUUAGCAUUUGCAUUGAUGUCAAAGUACCACUGAAGCCAAAAGGUAAAAAUCACAACAGUCAACCUCGGUGCUGUGCUAAAAUAACAUAUUUCAAGCCAGGGGUGAAAGUACUGAUUCAGACUUGUUGCUAUCCUGAGUUGAUUUCAGGAGUUUGUAUUGUGUAUUUUGGCAUUUCCAGUGAAAUCAGCAGUUUGUUCCAGUUGUGUUUUGUGACUGUGGUCUGCUUUAAAGGCUUAAAACAAAAGUGUCCACAUUUUUUUCUUUAUAAUGUAAUUCAUUCUUUUUUUACCAAAUAUUUAUAGGACACAAUGAUGAUAUUCUUGGAGGGGAAAAAAUCUAUAUACUGUCCAGCUUCACUGUUUUUUAAUGUCAUUUUGGAGGUGUGAAACUCGCUGUGACAGUCUAACGUCCGUAUAUGAUGUAUUACCAGGUUGUUUAAUUUUAUCAAAAUAAAGUUUUACAGUGAAAGAAACA